UGGAGAAGUAUCUGUUCUCUGUCAAUCACUGCGGUUUAAACAAAUACAUCAGAUGUGAUUUGGUGGUUUACUGAAACUUCUUGUAAAAGCUGUGUGGCUGUUUCCCUCCCCUCUGCUCCCCUUCCCUUCCCCUCCCCUCUGCUUCCCUUCCUCCUUCAUGAUUUUGUCAGAUGUUAAUUUGAUGCUCUAACUUCUCUUCUUGUGAAAUCAGCAUUUGAGAAGUAUCUCUCAACAGCCUGGGAUUUUUGUGUUUUAUGUCUGUGCUUAAGAUAAAACGUCUUAGUCCUUGCCCCAGAAUCUACGGCACCAAAGAUAACAUCGUUUUCCCCUUGGCCCUGACUCUCAUGCUGUCAACACAUGGUGUUUGGGUGAAUAGCAACCCUAUCAACAGUUUGAGUUUCCUGGUUCUGUUUCCGACGCUGCUGCUGCUGCUUGUCCCUGUUCUGAGCUUGCUUGUCCCAUCUCUGUCCUGUGUGCACAGGCCGUAAGAAGGAGUCCCUGCCCUCAAGCUCCUGUUCUGCCCAUGCUGCAGCUCCUAGCGCAAGGAACUGGGGUUUCAGCUGCUGCCUGGAGGUGGCUGUGUCGAUUGCUAAAGCUGAAGUGCAGCAGCCGCGUUUCAGUAGGGGAGAAAUCUGGUUCCUUUCAUGGUCUGGUUCAAAGGAUCUGCCAAGAAGCAGUGGAGGUGCUUAUCAGUGACCAUGCCAUCUCAGCUGUGGGUGUGUUGCCUGGCUCAGAUGAGAUGUUCUCUUUAGCUAGAAACAAAGUGAAAGAUGGAUGUUUUCUUUUUCUCUUGAUCGCUGCAGCAAACUUGGUGUUGCACCAGACUGUGGAGCGCAUUCACGUGGGCAAGAAGUAUGGGGACAUCCCUCGAGGCAUCUUUGUUGUGAGAGGCGAGAACGUUGUUCUGCUGGGGGAAAUAGACCUGGAAAAAGAAAGCGACACACCUUUACAGCAGGUCUCGAUAGAGGAGAUCCUGGAGGAGCAGCGGGUGGAACAGCAGGCCAAGCAAGAGUCAGAGAAGCUGAAAGUGCAGGCGCUAAAGGAGCGGGGCCUUUCAGUCCCGCGGGCAGACACCCUGGACGAGUAUUAGCUGUUCUGCCCCUUGGACAGUUUCCUGUGAGGUGGAGCGAGGAGUGCUUUAUGAUUUGACCAUGUGUUGACAGAUCUCUUUGCAAAGGCUGUUUUUAUUUUAAGAUUGUUUUCGAUGACAGAUAGCUGUUAAAAUCAUGCCUUUAGUUUCUCUUCACAAGACCCUUGUUGAGGAGUGAAGGUGUUUGAUUAUCCUUUAAGGUAACCAAAUGCUCUGGUGUGAGUAAGAGUUUAUGUUGUUCAGGAGGCAAAUCACUUGAUCCUUUUUUUAUUUUUUUCCCCCUUCUUAUGUGACUCUGAGUGAGAGCGUUCCUUGACAUGUAAAUAAAUCCUCAAUCUCAACAAUGUCGGUUUUGCCUGUGUUUGGGAUUUGCUGCGUUCUCGUCUUUCUGGGUUCUGGAUGCUGGAUCAUGGGACAACCAACCUUCUGUUAGUCUUGAGUGGAGACUUAUGCCCA